AUGGCCCUGGAGCCCCCGGCCCCCGGCGCCCCGUCGCCCCCGCUGUACCGUCUGGCCGGGGCCCCGGACCCCCAGGGCGACGAUGAGUCCCGGGAGGCGCCCACGCUGGACGGGCCGGAGAUGCAGCUGGACGAGUUCGUGGGGGCCAACCCUGAUUACGAUGAGGAGGAAGAGGAGCGCCGGUACUUUCGCCGCAAGCGCCUGGGCGUGAUCAAGAACGUGCUGACCGCGAGCAUAGGUGCCAUGCUGAUCUACAGCGUCUACCUGGGCCUCUUGCAGAUGCAGCUGAUCCUGCACUAUGACGAGACCUACCGGGAGGUGAAAUAUGGCACCAUGGGGCUACCGGACAUCGACAGCAAAAUGCUCAUGGGCAUCAACAUGACCCCCGUCGUGGCCCUGCUCUAUACCCCCGUGCUGCUCAGGUUUUUCGGGACCAAAUGGAUGAUGUUCCUGGCUGUGGGUGUCUACGCCCUGUUCGUCUCCACCAACUACUGGGAACGCUACUAUACCCUCGUGCCCUCAGCUGUGGCCCUGGGCAUGGCCGUGGUGCCCUUGUGGGCUGCUCUGGGCAACUACAUCACCAGGAUGGCGCAGAAAUACCAUGAGUUUGUGAACUACAAGCAGGAAGUGGAGCACAAACGUCCACCCCGUGGUGCCCACGCCCCUUACCUGGUGGUCUUCCAGGUGGUCUUCUACAGCUGCUUUCAUCUUAGUUUCGCCUGUGCCCAGCUGCCCAUGUUUUUCUUCCUCAACCCCUACCUGUACGACCUGAACCACACGCUGAACAAAGUGCAGGAAUGUGGCAUCAACAGCAGCGGGAUCCUGAGCGGCUUCAACAAGACGGUGCUGCAGAGCCUGCCCCGCAGCCUCAGCCUCAUCGUGGUGGAGAGCGUCCUCAUGGCCGUGGCCUUCAUGGCCAUGCUGCUGAUCCUGGGCCUGUGCGGCGCCGCCUACCGGCCCACGGAGGAAAUCGACCUGCGCAGCGUGGGCUGGGGCCACGUGUUCCAGCUGCCCUUCAAGCACGUGCGGGAUUACCGGCUUCGACACCUCUUCCCCUUCUUCGUCUACAGCGGGGCCGACCCCAUCUUCGCCUGCACCGCCCUCGCCCUGAGCUACGGCGUCUGCUCCUUGGGGCUGGAGCGCCUGGCGCCCACCCUGCUGGCCUACGGCCUGGCCUCGUCGGCGGCGUCGGGGCUGGGGGUCCUGGCGCUGCGCCUGCCCCGGGCCGUGCCCCUCUUGGGGGGCGCCGGCCUGCACCUGGCCCUGCUCGGGGGGCUGGCCUGCUGGGCCCCUGCCCCCCGAAGCCUCGACCACGCCUGGGCCCUGUACGGCGUCGUCGCGCUCUGGGGGGUCGGCAGCGCGCUCAACAAGACCGGACUCAGCACGCUCCUGGGGAUCCUGUAUGAAGACAAGGAGCGGCAGGACUUCAUCUUCACCAUUUAUCACUGGGGACAGGCGCUGGCCGCCUUCGCCGCCUACCUGGGCACCCAGCUACCCAUGAAGGCGAAGGUGGCUGCCCUGGCGGGGACCCUGGUGCUGUCGACGGGCUCCUACGUGUGCAUGGAGUGGAGGCUUCACCGGCUCCAGCCGUUCCGGCUCCCGCGCAUCCCGCGGCCGCAGCCCACCGUGCGCGGCUACCGCUACCUGGACGCGGACAACUCGGACGCCAGCGGCUCAGACGGCGGCGCGGACGGCUCCGAGGACGAGGCCCAGCCCGGCUGGGGGGCCCAGGACCCCGACCCACGGCCUCCCUACGAGCAGGCCCUGGGCGGCGGCGGCGGCGACGAGGCCCCGCGCCCGCGGUGGGACUGACACGCGACCCUCGACGGGGAGGGAGGGAUGCCGGGCUCCGCUGGGCCAGCCUCGCCCCGGGACUCAGUUCCAAUGGGUCCGGACCGAAGUGGCAAUAAAGCACCUGUGCCAAG